UGAGAUCUCUUGCAUACAGUACUCUCAUAGGAACUACUAGCUACUCGGCACUGACAUAGCAGUGGAUACGGUGGAAAGUUUCGCUCUUUCCUAACCCCGGUCUUGCACGUCUCGAUAGAUAAAAUGGCAAUUGAAACCGACAUCGACAUGACGACAUGACCACCGCUCCAACUCCAACUCCGACUCGUACUUACACCCUAGGCGCACUUCCGAGGAAUCUACUAUAGCUAUACCAAUAACGAUAUUAUAACUGCAUAAUUGCAUCCAAGGAUGGCCACGUCCGGCGAUGAUACCCGGUCGACAUCGAGCUUGAUACCCUGGAAAGGCUUUGUUUGUAUCGUAGCACAGCAUACGAGCAGCGCUUGGAGCGAGCAAUGUCUCGAAUUCGCGGCCUUCCUCUUCCUCAUCGUCCUCUUCCCGACGACCCUCAUCCCGGCGUCAUCACUAGGCUUAUCGAUGACGCUCGCCUCGCUCGUCUUUGCGCAUGUUAUCGGGAACUGGGUGGAUAAGUACCCGAGGUUAUGGGUGGCUAGAUGGGCGUUGUUCGUACAAAAGUCGGCGCAAAUCGCCAUGUACUCGGUCUUUCUCGUAUUGUUCACCAUGAAGCGUGAACAGCUUCAUCCGUCCGGCGCUCAGGUUGUCGCACGGCUCCUCUCCGGUCGGCCCUUACCCUGGGGUCGCAGAGAUGAUACGAACGUUCAAGCGGGUAUGACACCGAUGGAGAUGGCGCUCAUCUUCGGGUUGACCGUGUUUGCGACGAUGGGGAGGUUGUCGACUACGGUCAUCGAUAUCGCUGUCGAUCGGGAUUGGGUCCUCGUCAUCUCCAGCUCGACACCCGACUCGUCGAACCUUUUGACGACAUUCAACGCCUCCCUCCGACGAGCGUUUCUCUUUUGCAAACUCAUUUCCCCGCUGUUCGUCUCCCUUCUCACCUCGUUCGCUAGCUACCCGACCGCCUGCUCUACAUUGCUCGCCAUGAGCCUGCUCAGCUUGGGAGGAGAGCUGUGGUGGAUCGGGGUGGUCUGGAACAGUUGGGCGUGUUUGGAGGAAGCCGAGGUGGAACGAAGGCGGGUGAAAGAGGAGGGCAGAGACGAGAUGGCGUCGGAGAGUCGAGGUGCUCGAAGCGGGUCUGUGGAGGGAGUCGUCGAAGAGACCAUCCGCGAUAUGAUCGAAUUCGCUCAAAUGCCCGUCUUUCUUAGCUCCGUUGCCAUCUCGAUGCUCUACCUGACGACCUUGCAGUUCGAUGGCGUCAUGCUUUCUUACCUCAAGAGCGAGCUCCGGUUGUCCGACAUUUUCAUCUCGAUCAUGCGCGGAAUCACCGUCGUCGCCGGCUUGCUCGGGACCGUCGUCAUGCCCUACGGGGAGAGGCUCGUCGGACUCGAGAGGACUGGCGCGUGGAGCAUCUGGCUCGAAGCGCUCUUGUUGGUCCCCGUCGUCAUCUGCUUCUACGUCGUCCCCCAGCACGCCCCCUUUCCCCCUUUUAUCGCCUUUACCUUGUUCGGCUGCCUCGCUCUAUCUCGACUCGGUCUCUACGCAUUUGAUCUGGUGCAAGUCCAAUGCCUCCAGCUCGAAUUACAACAUCAUCCCAAACGCAAUAGGUUCACGUCGCUGCAGAUUGCCAUGCAGAGCGUGAGCGAUCUAGCCAAGUGGGGGAUGGUCUUCGUUUUCAGUCGGCCCGAUCAAUUCCGAUGGACCGCUUUGAUCAGCACGAUCAGCGUCAUCGUCGGAGCCAUCAUCUACUCUGCCUUUUUACGCAAGGUUCGCGGGCACCUCUUUCAUUUGCGAUUCGAUCGGCGCCGCAAGCAAGACGAUCGAGCUGGCGAUAGCUUGCUGGGCGAGGACGGGGUGGGAAUGGAGCUUUCGCGGCGGUAGAAGCGUGGGCGUCAAUAGGUUGUAUUCAACGCAAGAGUUCUCGAGCGGCGGUCUCAAGUCGUAUCCUUAUGUUAGCCGACGAUGCAUUACGAUCGAUACAGCGAUAGCACGCAC